AUGGUGGUGAAGAAGCCGGGCUGGGGGAAGAAGGUGCAGCUGGAGACAGAGGACGAGGCAAGUGAGAGUGAUGCUGCACCGACUAAGAAGAACCUGAAGGGCACCUCUAAGCUGGUGAUGGGGCUGACAACCGACAAGAAGAAGAAAGGGGCCAAGGGUGCAGAGGCCAAGAGCCAGCCCCAAGCAUCGGCAGAGCCUGACCUGGCCGAGGAGAAGGAGGAAGCGACGGCGGCACCCAAGGCCCGGGCGAAGCGGAGCCUCCGCAGCACCUCAAAGCUCUUCCUGGGCUUCAAGAAGCUGGCGCUGCGUCGGCCCAAGAAGGGGCAGUUCAAGAACACGUCUCGCUUCUUCUGGGGGCUGCAGAAGCACAGCACCAAGAAGAGGAAGAAAAAGAAGAACAAGGCGGUGCUCAAGUCCACGUCCAACCUGAUGGUUCGCUUCAAGCGCGUGGGCAAGAAGAGGAAGGAGGAGGCCAGCAGGUCCCCUCCAGCAAAGCCAUCCUUCCUGCUGCUGCGGGGGGGCGGGCAGGCAGCUGAGAAUGGCGCGUCCCUCUUCCGGGGUGACCCACCGGGGCACCCCUACGGCUACUCAGACCCAGAGGAAGAGGGGCCAUUCGGUGGUGGGUCCCCUCUUGCCCUCUAUGACCCUUACAGCAGCGACCCAGAGUAUGGCGAGGAGGCAGAGGGACACUUUGGCUAUGGGGGGGACCCCUACGAGGACUUUGGGGACCCUCUCGCUGGGGGGUACCCAGGGGGUGAAUACCCUGAGCAUCGCAUUCAGUACAGCGAGGGCGGGUGGGCACCACAUGCCCAGUCCUCCUGCAACCCCUACGCCCUGCCCCUGGAGGAGAUUGCCGAGGCUGAGGAGCCCGAGGAAGAGGAGGAGGAGGGGGGGGAGUAUCCCUUCUCCAUCCUCAGCACCUCCUCGCUCCGGGGCAUGCGGGAGACCCUCUCCUCCAAGCUCUCCCUCAAUAGGAAAUUCAGGAUCUUCCCUCGGCCCCAGGUCAAGCUUUUCGGCAGGGACCGCCUGGACAUGCAGUCGCUGUGCAGCCUGCCCAUCGUGCGGUACCAGGAGCCACAGGAGGGGGAUGGCGUGGAGGACAUGACCCAGCUGGAUGGAGAGAGUGGCUCAGGGAAGACUGAAGCCACUAAGUUGAUCCUGCGCUACCUGGCAGCAGUCAGCCAGAAACGCAGCACUGCCCCGCAGAUAGAGAUCCUGGAGGCAACCCCCUUGCUGGAAUCCUUCGGCAACGCCAAAACCGUGAGGAAUGACAAUUCCAGCAGGUUUGGGAAGUUUGUGGAAAUCUUUCUGGAGGACGGCAUGAUCUGCGGUGCCAUAACCUCACAGUACCUGCUGGAGAAGUCCCGCGUUGUCUUCCAGGUGGGUGAGAGGGGAUCCUGGGCCACUCUGCCCCACUGAUGGCACCGGGUGGGGUGGGGUGUGUGUGUGCUGUGACAGGGUGGGAACUGCGAGAUUCCCGGGAAGGAUGACGCGGAGGAUUUCCGUCGGCUGCUCAACACCAUGGAGGCACUGAGCUUCAGCGUGGAGGAGCAGAACAGCAUCUUCCGCAUCCUCUCCUCCGUCCUCCACCUGGGCAACGUCUACUUUGAAAAAUAUGAGACCGACUGCCAGGAGGUGGCCACGGUGGUGAGUGCCACCGAGAUCCGGACGGUGGCCGAGCUGCUGCAGGUGUCCCCUGAGGGCCUGCAGAAAGCCAUCACCUUCAAGGUGACGGAAACGCUGCGGGAGAAGAUUUUUACCCCCUUGACUGUUGAAAGUGCCGUGGAUGCCAGGGAUGCCAUUGCCAAGACCCUCUACUCCCUGCUCUUCGGCUGGCUCACAGAACGCAUCAACAGGCUGGUGUACCCGCGGCGGGAGGCCCUCUCCAUUGCCAUCCUGGACAUCUAUGGCUUUGAGGACCUCAACUUCAACAGCUUUGAGCAACUGUGCAUUAACUACGCGAAUGAGUACCUGCAGUUCUUCUUCAACAAGAUCGUCUUCCAGGAGGAGCAGGAGGAAUAUAUCCGAGAGCAGAUCGAGUGGAAGGAGAUCCCCUUCAGUGACAACCAGCCCUGCAUUGACCUCAUCUCUCAGAAGCCCUACGGCAUCCUCCGGAUCCUGGAUGACCAGAGCUGCUUCCCCCAGGCCACUGACCACACAUUCCUGCAGAAGUGUCACUACCACCACGGGAUGAACCCGCUGUACACCAAGCCGAAGAUGCCGCUGCCCGAGUUCACCAUCAAGCACUACGCGGGGAAGGUGACCUACCAGGUUCACAAGUUUUUGGAUAAAAAUUAUGACCAGGUCCGUCAGGAUGUGCUGGACCUGUUCAUCAGCAGCAGGACCAAGGUGGUGGCCAACCUCUUCUUCGGCCAUGCCCAGCUGUUGGCCCGGCAGAGGAGCCUGGUCAGGAGGAGCAGCACCAGGACACGGCGCUACAAGGCCCCCACCGUGGCUGCCCGGUUCCAGCAGUCACUCCUGGACCUGGUGGAGAAGAUGGAGAGGUGCAACCCCUUCUUUGUGCGCUGCCUCAAACCCAACAACAAGAAGGAACCAGGGCUCUUUGAGGCUGAUGUGGUCAGCAGCCAGCUGCGGUACUCGGGGAUCCUGGAGACCAUCCGCAUCCGCAAGGAGGGCUUCCCCAUCCGCAUCCCCUUCCUCAUCUUCAUUGACAGGUACCGCUGCCUCCUUGACAUGUGUCAACGUGUCAUUCCCAACGGGGCCAACUGUGUGGAGAUGCUGAAGAACCUCUGCCCUGUCAACCCCGGCAUGUACUAUGUCGGCGUCAGCAAGCUCUUCCUAAAGGAGCAGCUGUACCAGGUGCUGGAGAGCAAGCGAGCCCGUGCCCAUCACCUGGCCGCGCUCACGCUCCAGCGCUACGCUCGCACCUUCUUCAUCAAGAAGCGCUUCCGCUCCCUCCGCCGGAAGAUCAUCCUCCUGCAGACCCGGGCACGGGGCUACCUGGCCAGGCAGCGGUACCGGCGCAUGCGACGCACGCUCAUCAAGUUCAGGUCCCUGGUGCACAUCUACGUGAACCGCCGGCGCUACCUGAAGGAGCUGACGAGGAGGGAGGUGGUGGACGUCACCCACCUGGAGAUCCCGGAGCCAGCGUUCGGGAUGCUGACGGCCCCUCUGGUGGCCCCCCUGACCCGGCUGGACGAGGAGCUGCGCCACGAGGCACUCAGCCUCUUCCAGCUGAUCUUGCGGUUCAUGGGGGACCCGGGGCUGGGCGGCUCGCAGGAGACCCUCUUUGGCAACUACAUCGUGCAGAAGGGGCUGUCGGUGCCAGGGCUGCGGGAUGAGCUCCUGGCACAAGCCGCCAAUCAGGUCUGGCGUAACACCAACGUCAACAACGAGGAGCGGGGCUGGCUGCUGCUGGCCGCCCGCCUCAGCGCCUUCCCCCCCUCCGCCGCCUUCGACAAGUACCUGCUCAAGUUUGUCUCCGACUACGCCUUCGCGGGCUACAAGCCGGUGUGCCAGCGCAAGCUGAUGCAGGCCAUGGCGCGGUCCCAGCUGGGCGCAGAGGCCGCCCGCACCUUCCCGCCCUCGCUGCUGGAGUGGACGGCCAACCGGCGGCAGGCCCGCAUGGCGCUGGACCUGCACUGCUUCAACGGCGACCAGUUCUCCUGUCCUGUCCACUCCUGGAGCACGGGUGAGGACCUGGCAGGGGAUGUUCUGAAGCACAGGGGGCUGGUGGAAGGCUGGCGUGGCUGGUCUGUGGUCAUGAAGGCAGGUGCCCAGUGGGCUGAGCUGGCCGGCCAUGACUAUGUCCUGGACCUCAUCUCUGACCUUGAGCUGCUCCGAGGCUUUCCUAAGCAGAAGUCCUGCUUCCUUGUUGCAUGGGAGGGGGCUGAGAACCGCAGCAGGGACAGCCGAGUGGUGCUGGGACACGGCUUGGAUUUGGAUGAAGUGCCGCCUCCCCCCGCCGUGAAAGCCCCCACGCUGCCUUCCACAGAGCCCUACCACCCCCAUGGGAAUCCCACUGAGCCAGUGAACCUCACCGUGCUGGUGGAGCCCUGCUGCUGGCAGCUCAUCCCUCCUCAUCCCUCAGCAGACGGGGAAUUUGGGGAGCCACGGAGCCAGAAGGGUCUGGACCGGUACCUGGACAGUCUCUUCGACCCUGUGCUCUCCUACGGCAAUGGGGAGCUGGAGAAGCCGGCUGCUGUGUCACAGAGGAUGAAGGGAGGAGGUGGCACGGGAGUGGGGGACAGUGGCCACAAUGCUGAGCAGAGAAGUUCCCCUGCACCCAUGGAGAUGCGUCAGCCGAGAGCACCCACGGGCCAGCGGUGGCCGGGUGAGAAGGUGGUGCGACAUUCCCGGCUCAACUCGGAGCACUUCCCACGGCCCACGCACGACAUCCGCAACAUCAUCCGGCAGUGCCAGCCGGCCCCGCGCGGCCCCCAGCCCCCCAGCAAGCUCUUUGGGAAGAAGCUGGAUCCCCACGAGGAAGCCAUGCAGAUCCUGAAGGAGCAGCUCUCAGCAGCCCGGGUGCCGGCAGCUGCGGGGCCCAAGGAGAUGGUGGCCACAGUGAAGCCGGUCACCAGCAGCAGGUACCAGCUGCGAGCACCAACGGGGCGCCCAGCAGCCACCCGGCCCCCAGUGUCUGUCUCUCGGGAGCUCCCAUCCGAGGCACAGCAGGUCCAGACCCAACUGCACCGGAGCUGCAGUGAGGAUUUCUACACCUACCACAACGUGCCCUGGAAAAUCUACAUCCGCAAGGAGGUUUUCUAUCCCAAGGACAGCAUCAACAACCCACUGCUGCUCGACCUCAUCUUCCGGCAGAUCUUCAAUGACACGCUCUCAGACACCUGCAUCCGCAUCAGCCAGGAGGAGCGGAUCCGCCUGAAAUCCCUCUUCGCUGAAAAUAAACUGGACUCCUUCAGCCCCGUGGCCACUGAGAGCGUCAAGAGGGAGAUCAUUGCUGCUGCCCGGGAUGGCUGUGAGGUUUAUUUCUCACGUCUCUUCCCUGCCACGGGCAGCGUGGGGACAGGCGUGCAGAUCCUGGCUGUGUCCCACGCCGGCGUCAAGCUGCUGCGGCUGGUGAAGGGCACCAACGUCCCCGGGGAGCAGCUGCGGGUGCUGCGGGCGUACAGCUACGCCGACGUGCUGUUCGUCACCACCCCGUCCAGGAACAUGCUGGAGUUCAACCUGAGCAGUGAGAAGCUCAUCCUCUUCUCCCCCAAAGCCCCCCAGGUCAAGGCCAUGGUCGAUCACUUCAUCACAGAGCUCAGGAAGGACUCCCAGUAUGUGGUGGCCGUGAGGAACUACAGUCCAGAGGACAGGGGCCAGCUCAGCUUCCACAAAGGGGACAUCAUCCACCUGCAGCCAUUGGAGCACCCUGAGAGAGACCACUACUAUGGCUGCGUGGUCCGCAAGAAGGUGAUGUACCUAGAGGAGCUGAAGACGGGCACCCAAGAUUUCGGGUGGAAGUUCGGGGCCAUGCCCAGGGACAAGCAGGGCAGGGUGGCAGCUUCGGCGGCCGUGGCCGUGGCUGUGGCCUCCACCGCUGUCGCCCAGGAGCUGGAUCGGAAAACCGAGAUGUCCCCCACCAGCGCGGCCGUCACGGAGGGUCCGGAGGGAGAUGGACACGACCGGGUCGUGGCCGGCGUGGGGACCUGCCCCAUGCUGGGCUUCGCCCGGCGGUAUUUCCGCGGGGCCCGUCGUCGUUCUCCCAGGGACCCCGGCGGGAUGAAGACGAAGAGGGACGUGCCCGAUGUGCUGGAGAUGCUGACAUUCACGAAGAUCCCUAUCCAGGAGUCACUCAUUGAAUUCGUGGAUGGUGGCACCAGCAAACUGGCUGCUGAGGCUUUCCAAGCUGUGAUGAAGUUCAUGGGCGACCACCCUCUGCGGGGACAGACAGAGCUGGAUGCCAUCUGCACCAUCCUCAAGCUGUGCAGGGAGCACGAGGCCCUGCGGGAUGAGGUGUACUGCCAGAUCAUCAAACAGGUCACCAACAACACCAGCUCCAAGCCGGACAGCUGCCAAAAGGGCUGGAGGCUGCUCUACAUCCUCGCUGCCUACUACAAGUGCUCCGAGGUUCUCAAGCCCUUCCUCCUGACCUUCCUGCAGGAUGCCAGCAGCCACCCGGAGCUGCCCUUCCAGGGCAUCGCCAAAGCCUGUGAGCAAAACCUGCGGAAAACCCUGCAGUUUGGUGGUCGCAGCCUCUUCCCCAGCAGCAUGGAGCUCAAGGCCAUGGUGGCUGGACGCAGCGCCAAGCGCCAGCUCUUCCUCCUGCCUGGUGGCAUCGAGAGGCACCUCAAGAUCAAGACAUGCUCGGUGGCUCUGGACGUGAUCGAGGAGCUGUGCUGUGAGAUGGGGCUGCAGCACCCGGAGGCUUUUGAGGAGUACAUCCUCUUCGUGGUGACUGACGGAGGGCAGAGCGUGCGGCCGCUGACCCGCCGGGAAUAUGUCCUGGAUGUGCCCUUCAAGUUUGACAACGAACUCUAUGUCACCGUCCACUACAACCAGGUGCUCCCUGACUACCUCAAGGGGCUGUUCACCAUCCUGCCACCAGCCAGGCUGGGAGAGCAGCACUUCCCACACGUGGCCAAGCUGGCUGCCCUCCAUCACCGCGCCACCACCUGGCUCUGAUCUCUGGUUCCCUGCAGGCGGGAGGUGCAGGACUACGUCCCCCCGCAGCUCUUCCGCCUGCUGAAGGCCCAAUCCUGGCUCCACAUGGUGACACAGCACAUGGAGCAAGCCCAGGCGCUCAGUGCCCACCAGGCCAGAGCACAGUUCCUGGGGCUGCUCAGUGCCUGCCCCAUGUUUGGCUCGUCCUUCUUCUACAUCCAGAGCUGCAGCAACAACGCCAUCGUCUCGCCCUGCAUUCUGGCUGUCAACCAGAAUGGCCUCAACUUCCUCAGCAAGGAGACCCACGAGCCCAUCGCCAAGUUCUCGCUGAAGGAGAUCCAGUCAACGCGGACGCAGCGCCCGGCUCCCGGCUCCAGCUCCCCCUACGUGGAGAUCACGCUGGGCGACCUCCUGUCGCAGGGCAUCACUCAGCUGCAGCUGGAGCAGGGCCUGGAGCUGUGCCGCGUGGUGGCCGCGCACAUGGAGAGCAUCCCCUACGGCGCCGGCCACAAAGGCGGCGGGGGCCUCCCCCGGGAACCCCCCGAACCCCCUUACGACCGCAAGCGCCGACAUCAAGACGACUCCGGUUCCGAACCCAGCGACUACGAGGAGCAGAAGGAGGAGGAAGAAGCUCGGAAAGUCAAGAGCGGGAUCCGGCAGCUGCGCCUCUUCAGCGCCGAGGAGUGCGCCAAGAUCGAGGCUCGCAUCGAGGACGUGGUGUCCCGGGCCGAGAAAGGGCUCUACAAGGAGCACACGGUGGAUCGGGCCCCGCUGCGGAACAAGUAUUUUUUCGGGGAGGGUUAUACCUACGGGUCUCAGCUGCAGAGACGAGGCCCCGGGCAGGAGCGCCUGUACCCGCGGGGGGAAGUGGACGCCAUCCCGGAGUGGGUUCACGACCUGGUGAUCAGGAAGCUGGUGGAGCACCGGGUGAUUCCCGAGGGAUUUGUGAACAGUGCCGUCAUCAAUGACUACCAGCCGGGGGGCUGCAUUGUCUCCCACGUGGACCCCAUCCAUAUCUUCGAGAGGCCCAUCGUCUCCGUCUCGUUCUUCAGCGACUCGGCGCUUUGCUUCGGCUGUAAAUUCCAGUUCAAGCCCAUCAGGGUCUCGGAGCCCGUUCUCUUCCUGCCCGUCAAGAGGGGAAGCGUCACGGUGCUCAGUGGAUAUGCAGCUGAUGAAAUUACACACUGCAUUCGACCACAGGACAUCAAGGAGAGAAGAGCUGUCAUCAUCCUUCGAAAAACAAGACUAGAUGCACCUCGAUUGGAAACAAAAUCCCUGAGUAGCUCUGUGUUGCCACCAGGUUAUAACUCUGACCGUCUCUCGGGAAGCAACCGGGACCAGAUCCUGAAACCAAAGCGGUCCCAUCGCAAAGCAGAUCCUGAUGCUGCUCACAGGCCACGGAUUCUAGAAAUGGAUAAAGAGGAGAACAGGCGCUCAGUCCUCUUACCAAAACAUAGGAGACGGAGCAACUUCAGCUCUGAGAACUAUUGGCGAAGGUCUUAUGAGUACACGGAGGACUGUGAGGAGGAGGAGGAGGAUGGCAGCCCAGCCAGGAAAGUUAAAAUGCGGCGACACUGAGGAUGGCACUUCCCAGGCUCGUGGAGCUGAUGAGAUUGGUCUCCAGUCUGUGAAAACUUUCUCCUCCCUCUGGCUAUCUUCCAUCUAGCUUCAGUUUUGGUUUUUCCUUUCAGGCUGAAGAGUAAACAGGAAGGAUCUAGAGAUUUGUUGUUAUGAAAGGAGGAAUGCUGGGAUAUAUGUAAGGAUGGAACGUGUCCAGUGCACAUGGUGUCCUGAGUCAUGGGUCAAAUGGGCAUCUUUCCCUUAGGAAGCAGAUAAAGUUAUGCCAGGCUGUCUGUUGGGAUUUCUUUUGAAAACACCAAAAAGUUUAACUCUUUCAUUGCGCAAAAUUCAAGAAUUGUAUUUUUGUGUUUUUUUGUGUUUUUUUUUUCUUUAACUUUCUUCCUUUCCAAAUGUUCUAAAUAUGAUGUUUGACCCCAGGAGCUGAAACUCUGUGGUGGCCUCCUAUUCCUUGCUUCACCAAAGGGCUCCUUGG